UCUUUAAUAGGUGGACUACGGGCAAGCGGGGGCGUGAUCUCUUUCUGGAAGUUGCAGCUGGACUGUUGGCAAAGAGCAACAUUUUGAACUUCGUAAGCUACCCAGGCGAAAGGGAUUUUAAAUUGUGGCCGAAAAUGGCAACAACCGAACCCAUUUCGGACGGUUUUAUUAAGACCGUGCUAAAGGCGGAUUCAAUGCAUGUAUUGGACGACAGCAGCUUGGCAUUACCUGCCGAGCCGCAAAUAAAAACUUUUACCAGGCAUACCGGCGAUCCGAACAGUCGUGUUCUGCAACAGGUUCAGCUAACCAUAUCCAGGAGAAGCAAGAAGGCACACUCAAACGAUUACCUGGACUGUAGUGGCAGUAUCUCAGAGGUAACUUCCAAAGAAGGCAUUGAAAAGGAUUCAGCAGCUUCAGUAUUUGGUCUUCGCAAGCCUUAUAAACCUAUCUUCAAUCAAAAUGGCUAUAGUACAGCUGGACAUUUCUACAGAACUAAUGAAAAUGCGCUUGGCCAAGAGAUGUCCCACCAGCAGUAUGUCCAAGGAAAGUUUCAGUAUCAUUUGCAUAAACGAGCAACUACCUUGCCUGUUGCACAGAUCCCCUUGACCCAGGCAUAUCGCAUGGAAAGUAUGAGACUAAGUGCACCUAAUAGAUAUGCCCAUUCAGAGAUCACAAACUAUAAUAAAUAUCGUACGCCAGCCAGGGUGCAAUGCUCCAGCAACAGACGGCAGCAGUAUACCAAUCAAAUGCAGCUUGAUGACAAUGUCUUUUUAGACAGUGCUCCAAACAGUCCAGCCAGAGGUCCAAGUCAACGAGUUACUACUAGUAGGAGCCUGACGAACAUACUUAAUAUGGAUACCACAGGUGCUGCCUUGCAGCAGUCUCAGAUGCUGAAGAACUCUGUGUAUUCUCAACGGGGUAGGCAAUCACAGAGGUACAGCUGGCGCCAGAGAGGCACCACUAGGGACCACAUGCAGGAAAAUGUACUUUAUGGCUCCCGCCCACCAUCAGCAACCAGCGUUCGAAUAGGGGGCAACUUUACUGGUAUGACGCCUGCUAUCUUGGCACACAGAGAGGGGUAUACUGUCCAGAACCAAAUGAAGCAAGAGAGUUUGAAAAAUGAACCUGUUGAUUUAACUUUGGACAGAGCUGUAAACCUUCUAUCCACCGGUAAUACUGAAUGGCAGAUAGCAGCUGCUUCAUUUAUUCAGCAUGAGUGCUUUGUAAAUAAAGAAGCUAAAAGACUGGUGUUUUCCAUGCAUGGAAUUCCCAAAUUGCUCCAAGUAAUGGAAAAUGACAAUGAACACCUCCAGUGUGCAGCUGUGGGAGCUCUUCGUAACAUUGUCUUUGAAGACAGUGAGAACAAGAAGGAAGUUACUGAAAAAAAUGGAAUACCUAUCUUGCUACAGCUUCUUAGACAAACACGUGACAUGGAAACGAAGAAACAGAUCACAGGAUUGCUAUGGAACCUGUCUUCCAGUGACGAUUUAAAACAUACUCUGAUCUCAAAGGCUCUACAGCCAUUAACCAAGAGCAUCAUCAUCCCUUGUUCGGGUUGGCCAGAUGGUGAUUGUCCUAAAGAAGAUCUGUUACAUGAUCCUGAAGUUUUUUACAAUGCUACAGGCUGUCUGCGAAACUUGAGUUCAGCUGGUCCAGAGGGACGUAAAAUGAUGAGAGAAUGUGAAUCUUUAAUUGACUCGUUAGUUCACUAUGUAAGGGGAUCCAUUGCUGACUACCAACCUGAUAAUAAAGCCACAGAGAACUGUGUGUGCAUCCUUCACAAUCUUUCAUAUCAGCUAGAAACUGAGCUCCCAUCUCAGUAUUUUCAAGAUAUGAACAUUUUAAGACACGACCUGCCAUCACAAAGUAAAGGAGCAGGCUGCUUUGGGUCUCGCAGCUCCAAGAUCAAACAGAAAAAUGAGAGUAAAACUCCUUAUCCUGAAGAAAAAAGUAAUCCACGUGGUGUUGAAUGGCUGUGGAAUCCUAUUACUGUGAGAAUGUAUUUGUCUGUGAUAGCAAAGAGUACAAGGAGCUACACACAAGAGGCCUCUAUUGGAGCACUCCAAAACCUUACAGCUGGAACUGGUGGAAUCUCUUACGCAAUUGCUGAAACUAUUGUUCAAAAAGAAAAUGGACUUCAGCACAUCCGGAGGAUGCUUCAUUCUUCAGAACCUGGAGUGCAGAAGGCAGCUGCAUCAUUGUUAAGGAACAUGUCACGCUACUAUGAAUUGCACAAAGAACUGGCAAACCAAGUCCUACCUGAUGUGGUGUCAGUGCUCCCAAUGUCUGCUUCUGAUCCCAAAAUGUCCAAUGAUGUGAUUGCUUCAUUGUGCUGCAUACUUAACAACCUGGUUCAGAGUAGCUCUCAAAAUGCUCGGCUACUCCUUAGUAAUGAUGGGUUGAAAAAGACCUGUAGCAUUAGUUGCACUGAUAGCUACAUUCAAUCUAAAGCUGGAAAAGCCGCAUCCAUGCUGCUUUGUACGAUGUGGAAACACAGUGAACUUCACAGUGUAUACAAAAAGGCUGGAUAUAAAAAGGGUCAAUUUAUCAACUCAAGGACAAUGAAAGCAGCUCGGACGUCAUAAGAAAAGAAGAAAUAUUUUUUUCCACUGAAUAUCUGCAGAAUUCUUUAUGUCAUCAUAAAAUGCAAAAUAGCUGUGGCUAAUACUGCAUGUUAACAAACUUCAGUUAACCAGCACAAGCAAUUGUUUCUCACAAUAUUACAGUCAAUAUAUUCAAAAGGUUGCAUAUUUGUAGGUGUUUUUUCACUGACACAAACAAUAUUACUACUGUAGUUUGGAGAAAGUCAUUAAUUACAUAAUGAAAAUGCAAAAAAUAGUAAUCAUAGCUGUGGCUAAGGAUUCAUUUGCACUUACAUUUCCCCUUGUGGCAUUUCUGAUGAGGAAGAUCCUGGACAGCAAGAGUGGCAGCUUGUUUUCAUUCCUGUUCUUAAUUUUAAAGAAAAUUUACAAACAAUGGGCUGACUAUAGUGUCUCUUCAAAUGUGUUGCAUUUGCUGUGGCAUCCAUGCAGUUAAGGUAAAUGUAUACAUUAGCUGAUGCAUAUAUUCAAAAUAAUGUCAUUGACACACACAUGUACAGUAUAGAGUGGGUUUCUUCACACUAUAGAACGCAUGGUGGGUGUGAAAGAUAAGUGGAAAGGUCCAAACCCCAUAUAUAUCGUAGUUUGUCAAUGCUGUUUCACUUAUAGUCAAUAAUGUAAUCAUUUUUGGAGUUUGAGCUUCUGGGUGAGAUACCAGAGGCUACAACACACAAGCUGUAGUGUCUUUCACAGAUGAGAAAUCAAUCCUCAUAUUGCAGUGAUCAGUAGGUAUUGCUGCAUUCGAAUCUUAGGACCAUCAGUAGCACCUGAAUGAACACACGAGUCCAGUAUGCCACAGCAUUUAGACUUACUGUGUGUUACUUACAAACAUGUUGUUUGGCAAUGUUUCCUUCCACAUGAAGUCCAAUCUUAUCUUGUUGUGAAAGGUGAUGCCCUUUUUACCACAAAAUGGUGACUUGACCCAGCACCAAAUCUUCAUUUGGUCAUAGAUAAUUUUACAGGAAGAGCUGUCAUUUGAUUUACAGGUUUUUUGCUUUAUGACCGUAUUAGUGAAUCAAUUUCUAAAAACAGUGUUGACGUCAUCUGUGUCAGAUAGUAGCAGCACACAGCCAGAGAAUGGUUGUAAAUUAUGUAGCCGUUGCUUUAAUAACUAAAACAUUUCAAAACAAAUAGAGCAAGACCUUAACAAAUCUUUAUUAACAACCUUAGGAAAUAAAAAAAAAAUAAACUGCUUUGGGAAUUUCUAAAUGGAUGGAAGAAACUGGGAAAUAACAGCAUGAUUAGUUAAAAUAAAAGUUCUGGUAAUUGCAGACAUUUGUUUCAAACAAAACUGUGAAGCCCCAGUGGCUUUGUUUGACGUUCAUAAUGUAAUGGAGGCACAGGGUUAUGAGUCUUAUUUCUUGAGUUUUAUAUCCAGGAAUUGUAUCACCAAGGCAGUAUUUAGUAUCUUUGAUGUACUACAGCUCCUUUAUCAGUAACUGGUAUUUAAAAGAUAUCUAGUAAUGAAACACUAGGCAAGUGAUAACUCAUGUGGUUGAUACAUGUCAGUGUUGCCAGAUUCUUGUAGACUUAAAGCUUAUCUUUAUAAUGACAAAUAAUUGCACUAACUAAAGAAAAUGAAUACUUUUCACUGUGCCAUUGAAAAUAAUACAUUUUAUUGUUUUUUUUUUUUAUUAUUAAAUGGCAAAAUACAUAAUUCACAAAGUAUUUUUUAUUUGUGACCUCAUUGUCGUUAUUUUUCUAAGCAGCUUUAUUAUAAUUAGGAAAUAACAAUUAUGUUUGUAAUUCAGUAAACACAGGGCCUGCAUUACAAAAUCACUAAGAUUUUUCUUACUCUUCAUCAAUAUCUGACAUUUUUUGUGUAUAGUUUUUAAUGAAUAAUGGACAAGUUCAGUUUUCCUCCAGUGAUAAUUCUGUACACUUUAUUUAGCUAUUGUGUGUGUGAACCUUGUUUAAAGGUGGCAACAUUUUAAGAAGGAUUAACAAACAAAACAUUUGUAUUUGUCCUUUUCAGUAAAUGAGCAUAUAUACCGUAUAACAUUAAGGCUCAAUUUCCUGAUAUUAAAAAGUGAUAUUAAUCACUUUGUACUUUAUACAAUAUCUUUCAAAAAGCACAUCGGAGUAUAAUUCAAAGUGGGGUAACCACAGAGCACAGAAUAUCACAGAGAAAUAGUCACUGGAAAGAAUAUUAGACAUAAAAUUUACUGUACAGAGGUGCAGGCCGAUUCUGGAAGUGGAAACAUUACUGAACAAGUGGUAUGCAAAAAAGGCAAAGGUGUACGUCAGAUAAGCGGAAUUUGGUUUUCUAUCUGCACAAGACAGAGAACUGAUUAUGUAUUGUGGGGGAUCAGUUGCAUGUUGGUCAGACAUUCUGUUGUGUUCUGUACACAGGGCAAUACUACUACUACAUGAAAAUGUAAUAAAGCGCACCCUGGAGACAUGUGAGCAUUCAUUAUACUACAGCUGGAGUUUUUAGGAAAAAAAAGCAGGACUGAUGAAAGAAUGGGUGCUUUCAGAUACAUUUGGAUAAAGUCUACUGGAAGUUAGGUGAAUAAUAGCCAUUAGAUGGAGAAUCAGACCAUGGAAGAGCGUAGAGAUUGAGGUUGAUACUACACAAGCAAUGGUGGUGAUGAGCAAUAUGCUGAGGUGGGAUUGGCAGCUGGUAGACGAGUUUUAAGGGUGAUUUGAAGUAUCAGACAGGAACCUAUUGUAGUCAAGCUAGUGAGGAAGGACCUUCAUGUCACUGUUUAUGCUACAAAACGUGUAUCUCGUAUUUCAGAUUACUUUGUGUGCCUAGACAAGCAAUACACCCAAGAUUAUACAUUUGCUGUUUUUAGUACAUAUUUAAAAAGAGCAUUUUCACAAGACUGCAUUCUCUAGUAAUGUAGAGUAUAUAUGAUGAUUAUUCAACAUAUAUGUUUAUGUAUAAUUUAUUUUUGUGGUACUUGUUUUUGAAAACCAAAGACUACUCCAUGAAAGUGUUUAGCUUUAACAGUGCAUUGUCUAUCCAUACAAAUUAGAAGUUCUUUCAGAAAUGGCACUUUAAAUCACUAAAUGAAGGUACCUGUGAUAUUUCAGGAUUCAUUUCACUUUGUCUUUCAGAGUUAUCACUGCUGUUGUUGAAUCAAUAUGGUAUUUUUCAAUUUCUGUAUGUGGACAUAUUUUUUAAAUAAAUGGUUGUUACUUUUGUAAAAAAAAA